CCAAACGUACCAAAAUCUGUUACAAAUCUAUAACAAACACCUCAACUUACACUACUAUAUUGAGAAAUAACCCACCUGAAGGUAAUCCAUACAACUGCUUCACAAUCCAAUUCGUUUGCUAAUUAGUAUUCAUUUGCUAGUUUCUACUAAAACACUUGGGAAGGAAUGGCGCUAAGUAUAAGUAGUGAGGCUGAUGAAGUAAACGACGUCUUUUUAUUUGAUCUACUAUUAAAGGAAACAACCGCCGCUAAGCAUUUGAACUCCUUCAUCGAAACCCCAACUUCACCAUCACUAUCUUCCUCUGACACUCCUGAAGAUUCCCUGCAUACGGCCCCACUUCCCACUCUUCCAUUCGAGAUUGUGGUAGAAAUUCUCUCCAGGCUUUCAGUGAAGUUCCUCAUGCAACUCCAAUGCGUCUGCAAGUCCUGGAAAUCUCUAAUCUCUAAUCCUAAAUUUGCCAAGAAGCACUUUUUCUCGUCAACUACGGCUCAACGUCUCAUAAACGCCUUUAGGCCUUUCUCACGCGAGAUGGUCCUCAUGACUUACCCUAUCUCCUCUGUCUUCACAGAAGUGACCGCCACCGCCAUACAACUAGAGUACCCUUUAAAAGAUAGAAUCUACUGUGAUUUAAUGGUUGGCUCUUGCCACGGCAUCCUCUGCUUUCAUCUCGAUCAAAGUCUCGUUCUUUUAUGGAAUCCUUCUGUUAGAAAAUUUACAAUAUUGCCCUAUUUAGAAGUGAGACGUCUCACAACUUACCACUUUACCUUUGGCUAUGAUCACUUUAGUGACAGUUACAAGGUUGUUGCUGUUUGUUAUGAUUUUGAUGAAGAAGAAGAAGAAGAAGAGGAGGAAGAAGAAGAAGAAGAAGAAGGAGAAGAAGAAGAAGAAGAAGAAGAAGAAGAAGAAGAAGAAGAAGAAGAAGAAGACUAUGUUAUCCAUGGUGUUAGUAAGAUCUAUGAAACUCAAGUAAAAGUUCAUACUUUAGGAACCACUUCUUGGAGAAUAAUUCCGGGCUUCCCUCCUAAUAGUGUCCUUAUGGAUUAUUCAGGAAAUUUCGUCAAUGGAACUAUUAACUGGUUAGCAAAAAGACAAGAUUCUUCGCACUUCAUUGUUUCUCUUGAUUUUGAGAAGGAAUCUUAUGGAGGGAUUUUGUUGCCUGAUUUUGGAGAGGUAGUUACAGUUAAUUUAAACUUAGGGGUGUUUAAGGAUUGUUUGUGCAUAUUUUCUCAUAAUGAUAAUUUUUCAGAAGUUUGGCUUAUGAAGGAGUUUGGAAAUGAAGAAUCUUGGACUAAAUUGUUUUGUCUUCCUCACGCAUGGGAUUUUGGACAUUGGCCAUAUGUUUCUGCACUUUAUGUUUAUGAGGAGAGUCAAGUGCUAUUGGAUUUUGAGCCUAAGUUGGUUAUUUACAAUUUUAUAGAUGGUACUUUUAAGGAUCCUGGUAUUCAAAAGAUGGAUCGUUGGAUAACUUCAGCGGUCUAUCAUGAGAGUUUGAUAUCACCUUGUUUUUAAAUAAUAGUUAUGUAUGGAGAAUUCAUCUAUUGAAUUCUUCAAAUCCCUAAAAUUGCAACUUUUAUGUUGAUUUCCAUUUGUGUUAAGUAUUUUAUGUUUACUAGUCACUUCAUGGUUUGUUGUUUAAUUAUUGGUAGAUGGAUAUUGCCGCAUGAGAAAUUGCUAUGUUAGGUUUAAUUUAUUUGUUAGUUAUUUUCUUAUCUAUGUCAUUAUAUGUUUGCUGAUUUGGUUUUAUGAGAUUGGAAUCAAGUGUUAUGUUUGGUCACUUGUAUGUUUGUCAAAAAAUUAGUUGAUGGCUACACAAGUUUCUGAUAAAGCAUUGUCACUGAGAUGUCUGUAAGUAGUCUCUUGAUUUUGUUCAGAACAAUUUUCUACCAUGGAAUUUUAAACUUUUCAUAGAACACUUGUGAU